CGUGCUGACAUCAGGCACGCAGCGCCUCCAAGGCCGAGGGCGGGGCCGGCAGGUACCUGCGGCCGAGGAGCAGCGGCCCGAGCCGGGGCCAUGGCGAAGCUGCUGAGCUGUGUCCUCGGCCCCCGGCUGUACAAGAUCUACCGGGAGCGGGACCCGGACCGGACCCCGCCGGGCGUGCCCGAGACGCCCACUGUCGUCACCGCCCCCUCCUCCAGCUCCUGGGAUACUUAUUACCAGCCUCGUGCCUUGGAGAAGCAUGCGGACAGCAUCCUGGCACUGGCUUCAGUCUUCUGGUCCAUCUCUUAUUACUCCUCUCCCUUCGCCGCCUUCUACUUAUACAGGAAAGGUUACUUGAGUUUGUCCAAAGUGGUGCCGUUUUCUCACUAUGCUGGGACUUUGCUGCUCCUGCUGGCAGGUGUGGCCUGCCUCCGAGGCCUCGGCCGCUGGACCAACCCCCAGUACCGACAGUUCAUCACCAUCUUGGAAGCCACACAUCGGAACCAGUCUGCAGAAAACAAGAGGCAGCUGGCCAACUAUAACUUUGACUUCAGGAGCUGGCCUGUUGACUUCCACUGGGAGGAACCCAGCAGCCGGAAGGAGUCUCGAGGUGGCCCUUCCCGAAGGGGCGUGGCCCUGCUUCGCCCAGAGCCCCUGCACCGGGGAACAGCAGACACAUUCCUCAACCGGGUUAAGAAGCUGCCCUGUCAGAUCACCAGCUACCUGGUAGCACACACCCUAGGGCGCCGUAUGCUGUACCCAGGCUCCGUGUACCUGCUCCAGAAGGCCCUCAUGCCUAUGCUGCUGCAGGGCCAGGCCCGACUGGUGGAAGAGUGUAACGGGCGCCGUGCGAAGCUGCUGGCCUGUGAUGGUAACGAGAUUGACACCAUGUUUGUGGACCGGCGGGGGACAGCUGAGCCCCAGGGACAGAAGCUGGUGAUCUGCUGUGAGGGCAAUGCAGGGUUCUAUGAGGUGGGCUGUGUCUCCACACCCCUGGAAGCUGGAUAUUCCGUCCUGGGCUGGAACCAUCCAGGCUUUGCUGGAAGCACGGGGGUACCAUUCCCACAAAAUGAGGCCAAUGCCAUGGAUGUGGUGGUCCAGUUUGCCAUCCACCGCUUGGGCUUCCAGCCCCAGGACAUAGUCAUCUACGCCUGGUCCAUCGGAGGCUUCACUGCCACGUGGGCGGCCAUGUCCUACCCAGACAUCAGUGCCGUCAUCCUGGAUGCCUCCUUCGAUGACCUGGUGCCUUUGGCCUUGAAGGUCAUGCCAGACAGUUGGAGGGCCCUGGUAACCAGGACGGUGAGGCAGCAUCUCAACCUCAACAACUCAGAGCAGCUGUGCAGGUUCCAGGGCCCUGUGCUGCUGAUCCGGAGAACCAAGGAUGAGAUCAUCACCACCACGGUUCCUGAGGACAUCAUGUCUAACCGAGGCAAUGACCUCCUGCUGAAACUUCUGCAGUUCCGGUAUCCUCGUGUGAUGGCGGAGGAGGGAGUCAGAGCUGUGAGGCAGUGGCUGGAGGCCUCCUCUCAGCUGGAGGAAGCCUCGAUUUACAGCCGGUGGGAGGUAGAGGAGGACUGGUGUCUGUCUGUUCUUCGCUCCUACCAGACAGAACAUGGGCCUGACUUCCCCUGGAGUGUGGGGGAGGACAUGAGUGCAGAUGGGCGGCGGCAGCUGGCACUCUUUCUGGCCCGGAAGCAUCUGCACAACUUUGAGGCCACACACUGCACCCCGCUCCCAGCCCAGAACUUCCAGAUGCCCUGGCACCUCUAGAGACUUGGUUGGGACUCAAUUCUGGAAGGACAGGAUGGAAGGAGACGUGGGGACACUUGUCUAUAUUCAUGUUGCUGUUUAUGGUCUGUGGACAGUGGGGCCAUCCCCUCACCACUGCUCCUGCACAUCCCGCAUCUAUGUGGCAGCACUUAACUCCCCGACACACCUGCAUUAAAUGAAUGAUUUAUUCCUAAUAAUAAAAAGGUAUUUUUUCUAU